GUUUAUGAUGGUGCUCAUCUGCUUAAUAUUCAGUGUGCUUUCAACUAUUGAACAAUAUACAGAAUUUGCAAAUGAAACUUUAUUUUGGAUGGAAAUAGUCCUGGUAUUAUUUUUUGGUGCAGAAUAUAUUGUGAGACUCUGGUCAGCAGGUUGUCGUAGCAAAUUUAUGGGGGCCAGGGGUCGGCUAAAUUUUGCUAAAAAGCCUGUAAGCGUGAUAGAUCUAGUUGUAGUUGUUGCUUCAAUAGUGGUGCUUUCAGUUGGUUCAAAUGGCCAAGUCUUCGCAACUUCAGCCAUCAGGGGUAUACGGUUUCUCCAAAUUCUUCGGAUGCUCCAUGUAGAUAGGCAGGGGGGCACUUGGAGGCUUUUAGGUUCUGUAGUAUAUAUACAUAGACAAGAGCUCAUCACAACAUUGUACAUAGGAUUCCUGGGGUUAAUUUUUUCCUCAUAUUUUGUGUAUCUGGCAGAAAAAGAUGACAUCGGUGUCAAUGGAAAAGCCAGUUUUACAAGCUAUGCAGAUGCCCUCUGGUGGGGUGUGAUCACAGUGACAACUAUAGGCUAUGGUGACAUAGUGCCCCGAACAUGGAUUGGGAAAAUAGUUGCCUCUUGUUUCUCAGUAUUUGCAAUCUCAUUUUUUGCCCUUCCUGCGCCUCCAAUACUGAAGAAUAGUUUGACAAUUAUAACAAUCUUACACUAUACCUUAUGCUAA